UAGGCCUUCACCCUGAGUUGGCACCACCUACCCACCAUGUUGAAGACGUCACUGCUUGGGAAGGACUUCACCAGUGAGCCCAGCUCCUUGGACGACAGGUCCAAGUCAUUCUCGGAGAGUAGGGGCAGCUUAGCUUCAGAGAACGUCCAUCCUGCUGAGGAAGCCAGUGGAUUAUCGAUCAUGCAAACGUUGAUCCAUUUAUUGAAAUGCAACAUUGGCACAGGGCUCCUGGGGCUUCCCCUGGCCAUGAAAAAUGCCGGCUUAUUGGUGGGUCCUAUCAGCCUGCUGGCCAUUGGGAUCCUCACUGUGCACUGCAUGGUCAUCCUGUUGAACUGCGCCCAUCACCUCAGUCGGAGAUUGCAAAAGACUUUUGUGAACUACGGAGAGGCCAUGAUGUACAGCCUGGAAACCUGCCCAAACGCCUGGCUGAGGACCCACUCAGUGUGGGGCAGGUACACCGUCAACUUCUUAUUAAUCACCACCCAACUGGGAUUCUGCAGCGUGGAAAGAGAGGCUUCCAAUCAUAUGGUGGAAGAUGCCCACAUGACCUCCAACAACUGCCAACCCAGGAAGAUCCUGGUGCUGACCCCCAUCCUGGACAUCCGCUUUUACAUGCUGACAAUCCUGCCCUUCCUGGUCCUGUUGGUGUUUAUCCAGAACCUCAGGAUGCUGUCCAUCUUCUCGACACUGGCCAAUAUCACCACCCUGGGGAGCAUGGCUCUGAUCUUUGAAUAUAUCAUACAGGAGAUUCCAGAUCCCAGCAGCCUCCCUUUGAUGGCAAGCUGGAAGACCUUCUUGCUGUUCUUUGGUACAGCCAUCUUCACAUUUGAAGGCGUUGGUACGGUUCUACCCCUCAAAAAUCAGAUGAAGCAUCCGCAACAGUUUUCUUUUGUUCUGUACUUGGGGAUGUCCCUUGUCAUCAUCCUCUACAUCUGCCUGGGGACACUGGGCUACAUGAAGUUUGGGUCCAACACCCAGGCCAGCAUCACCCUCAACUUGCCCAAUUGCUGGCUGUACCAGUCGGUCAAGCUGAUGUACUCCAUCGGCAUCUUCUUCACCUAUGCCCUCCAGUUCCACGUCCCAGCCGAGAUCAUCAUCCCCUUCAUCAUCUCCCAGGGGUCAGAGAGCUGGACACUGUUUAUAGACCUGUCUGUCCGCACAGCCUUGGUCUGUCUGACCUGUGUCUCGGCCAUCCUCAUUCCCCGCCUGGACCUGGUCAUCUCCCUGGUGGGCUCCGUGAGCAGCAGUGCCCUGGCCCUCAUCAUCCCGCCCCUCCUGGAGCUCAUCACCUUUUAUGUUGAAGACAUGAGCUGUGUGACCAUUGCCAAGGACAUCAUGAUCAGUAUCCUGGGCCUGUUGGGGUGUGUAUUUGGAACAUACCAAGCCCUCUAUGAGUUGAUCCAACCCAUCAACCAUUCCAUAGCCAACUCCACAGGUGUCUAUGCAUAAUUAUCUAUUUUUAUUCUAAUAGCUCUCCCUUCCUCCCAUCCCCAACUUGACUUCCAUUGUGGAUGUUAUAUACAUUCAUCAAACCCCAACAUCUCUAUGUUAAUUAGCGGCUUCUUUAUCUUUCCACGAGAAAUGUACAUGACACAAGUCAGUACUCACACCUCUCAGACUAUGCCUUUUUUGGUUUUGGAUUUCUUCAGAGGUCUUUUGUACCUAUGAACCAAAACCACAUUCAAC